UAAACGGUUUGGCGGUAUAAAUCCUAAGAGCAAAGCUACUUUUACUCAAUACAAGAAAUGAUCUGGGAAGAAUAAGAUCAACACUAUUUAAAUCCUAUUAACCUCAAAAGUUGAGCCUACAUUUUUUUCACAGGCCACCAUCUCCCAUCUCUAUAGUAUCACAUAUCAAUCAGGUCUGGUCUUAUGCCACUCCAUACAAGAGAGCACAAUUUUGUGUGGAGGUGAGCUGCAAACUUUCCGCUAAAUCUAGAGUAAAAAUAUAUCCCAAGACGAUUACAAUAUACUGGUUUUGUCCCCUCUACGCCUACCCCAACAAUAGCCUUACCUUGUCGAUACUCAAAAACGCACCAAGAAAGCUCCAAAAACGAAAAGAAAGAAAAAGAAACCCCUCGAACUAACAACCUUGCUCUCUUUCCCUCUCUCUCCCUCCCUCCAUUUAUUCUUCUAACAUCUUCUCUUUUGCGAAACUUUAUUUUUUACCCCACCCUGACAGUCUUUUCUUCAAACACUUAGUACGCUCUUACAGUAACUGCUGAUACAAGCAGUUUUAUCCUCGUUUUUAAUUAAGUGAUGAGUGAAUAAACAAGAAAUCAAGAAUCAAGCGAAGUGGAUGGAAGGAGCAGAGCUGGAACUAGAGAGAAGGAGCAAGUUCUUGAGUGGUUUGAUAGAGAAAAGGAAGGCCAAAGAACAUCAAGAGCAGCCCAGCAAACUCAGUGUUCGUGUUAGAGCUGCUGAUAUGCCCAUUGUUUUGCAAGACCGCGCUUUUAGGUGUGCUCGUGACCAGCUUGACUCCAUGCCUGGAAAGCUUGACAGCAAACGCCUUGCUCUUGCCCUUAAAAAGGAAUUUGAUGCUGCAUAUGGUCCAGCCUGGCACUGCAUUGUUGGUACUAGCUUUGGUUCAUAUGUUACUCAUUCCACAGGAGGCUUCUUGUAUUUUUCGAUCGACAAGGUUUACAUCCUUCUCUUUAGGACUGCUGUCGAACCUUUAGAACGCUGACAGUUUAUAAAUUUUGAGUUCCUUGCUUUUCUAUGUGGUUAUGCCAUGCUGUCGCAACUCGACAGCUAUCAUACGUUUCAUUGGCCCGUUUUUAUGUAUAAUUAGACUGUAAUCCUAUAAAUUUUUAUUUUUAUUUUUUUACUUUUCAGCUGUACAACACUCUCUCCUCAUCCUAAGAGCAUAAGAGAUCGCUACUCUUUUACCA